AUGGCGGCGAUGACUAACCUAGCUAACUCGAUGCAAGCGAGUGCUGUUAGGACGACACAAGCCAUGGAAAGGUUAGGGAAACCAGCCAGAAAUGGAAAUGCAAAUAGAGAAGGGGUCGGAAACAACUUAGGAGGCGCUCUGAUGACAAUAGCUACUUUCCUAAAGACUCAGCAUAUCUCGGAUACUCAAUUCGUAGAGUUUGCAGCCUAUCAACUGAUAGGAGAAGCUCAAUACUGGUGGCAAGGAGAGUGUCGACUGCUGCAACUUCAGAAUACGGAUAUUCCUUGGGAGUUAUUUCAGACAACCUUUUACAGGGAGUAUUUUCUGGAAUCCAUGAGGAAGGCUAGAGAGUUGGAGCUUAUGCAGCUAAAGCAGGGUUCUAUGUUUGUAACCGAGUAUAGCAGUAAGUUUGUGGAACUCUAUAGGUUCUCAAGGGAAUGUCAGGGAACCCCUGAGUCCUAUGAGGGUUGGAAGUGCAUUAAGUACUAG